AUGGUUGAAAUUCAAGAUUGUAUGUUGCAGUGUGGUAUGAGGGAUAUGAUUAGUACAGGGUGUUUAUUUACAUGGAAUAAUAAGCAGAAGGAGGAUACAAGGGUUUUUUGCAAACUUGAUCGAGUUAUGGUAAAUGAUGCAUGGGAGGAAGCAUUCCCAAGUGCAAAUGCUCAUUUCAUGCCAGAAGGUUACUUUGAUCAUUGUCCUAUGGUGAUUCAAGUUUACCCUCAACUGCAAAAAGGGAAGUCUCCCUUUAAAUACUAUACUAUGUGGAGUUCAGCUAGAAAUUUUCAAGAGAUUGUGAAGACCUGUUGGGAUACUAGAGUUGAAGGUUCUUUGAUGUUCAGGGUGGUUAGUAAGCUGAAAAUGGUUAAACAGGCCUUGAAGCAACUGAAUGCUGAGGGUUUCAAUGAAUUGCAAGCUACUGAAAUAAAAGCUAUGCAUCAUUUAGUGAAGUGUCAAGAUGAGUUAAAGGAAGAUAUUGGGAAUUCUGACAAAAGAGAUGCAGAGCUGAAGGCUAGUGAAGAAUAUAGAAGAGUGCACAAUAUCUAUAUGUCUUUUUUGAGACAAAAAGCUAAAUUGAGCUGGUGUAAGGAGGGAGAUGAAAAUUCCCACUUAUUUCACCAGUCAAUUAAAGCUAGGAGAGUGAAAAACACAGUUUAUGCAAUUCAUGAUAGCAGGGGUGUCUGGCAAGAUGAACCUCAAAAGGUUAAUGAUGCUUUCCUUUGCUACUAUAAAGAGUUAUUAGGUCAGUCCAUGAUUGGAAGAGUUGCUGUGAAGAAAGGGGUGGUUGAAAGAGGUCCAGUUCUUUCUGAGGAACAAAUUCAAGAGUUGAGCAGAAAUUAUGAUGCUGAUGAGGUUAAGCAGGCUAUGGAGUCUAUCCCUGGAGAAAAAGCUCCAGGGCCUGAUGGUUUGGUGGUUUUUCUACAAGAUACUGGGAAAUAG